AUGAAACAAUGUUUGGGUGUGACAUUGAAAGGUGAGCGGUGCAAGAACAAGGUGAAGGACGGGCCGUAUUGCAGUCGCCACAGCCAGAACAGCCAACAGCCUGUCCAGGCGAAAAACCAGGCCGGUUACGUGUACAUAUUUACGCUGGCUCAUUUGAUCAACGGCUCGCCAAAGAAGCAGAAAUGGCUGCGACAGGCCGAUCCACACCCGGAGAACCGCAUUAACUUCACAGAGACAAGUGUGCUGGACCCGAAGCGAAACAUCCUGAUCAAAGUAGGCUACACUACACAGCCCGUGAAACGAAGACUGGCCCAAUGGAGAGACCAAUGUAAACAGGACUUCCAGCUGAUCGGACCGACAAACAUGAACAAAGUGGUUUGUUCAAAUAGAGACAGGCUUUCCGAGCUGGUGCAUCGCAUGAAACAUUUGUCAGUGAAGACGUUCGCCAAGUUCGACCAGAAACAACACGCGUUUAAAGUGUCUCACGCGUACAGAUCGGAACAGCUGGUCCAUGCCAAACUCGGCAUGCUGGUUUUCCUUUUCCACCUGGUCAAUGUGGUUGAGUCUUUCGAUCAAGUGAGGGUGGCUGUAGGUAUAGGCAGAGUAGAGCCAGUCGACGUCCAAAGAGCUGAGGUUCCCCUUGUGCAGCUCAAUCAAAGCGGCCUUGAGUUCCUCGGAGUAGCCAAGCUCUGCAGCAAACUUGUCGGCCUCGUACUCGUGUUUUCUGGAAAGCAAAUUCAUGGCAAACUCAAGAACAGUGUCAACAGGCUUAAGAAUGUCACCAAACAGCAAGAAACCAACAAUAAUAGGCUGUUCCUUAAAGAAUCCGAGACUCUGGUACAAAGACUUGUUGUUGACGAAAGCUGCAAACAUGGUGAAGAUUCCAAAGAUGUGGAUCUGGUUGAUGGCCAACAUCUUGGUUGUGUGAGACAGAGCCCAAUGGCCGAUCUCGUGUCCCAGAACAGCAACAACCUCCUCGAUCUUGGAAGAUGCAAUCAAAGUAUCGUAAAUGACAAUUUGCUUCGAACCCCAUGGCAGACCAAGGAAGUAAGCGUUGGAAUGCGAAGAUCUCUUGGAACCGUCUAUAACAAGGACUUUGUCCAACGGGAACUUGUUCUUCUGGGCCAGUUUUUCAAUCUGCAACUUGAGCUCGCCGUCUUCCAGCGGCUCGACCUUGUUGAACAAUGGCUGGAUGAAUUUUGGAUAGACAAUAAUCAUAAAGAUUUGAACAAAGAACAGGAACACAGACAAGUAAUACAUGAACUUGUCGCCGAAAUAGUCGAUAAUCUUCAAGAAUCCAGCAAGAAUUGGACCUCCGAAAGCUGCCAUGACGGCCAAUUCCUUCAAAGAGUCGGUGAACCAGAGCUUGUAAGUGAGUUUGUUGAAUCCGUACUUCUCUUCAAUGACAAAGUUGAAGUACCAAUCAGUUGGCAAAUUCAAAAAGAACGAGAUCAAGGACAUCUACCUACAAAAGUCUAUACAAAUGAUUUGUCAGAUGGUCUAGUUGGUCUCGGAAGCAAUCUUCUCGGCCUUGGCAACGACAUCUUCAAUACCACCAACCAUGUAGAAUGCGUUUUCAGGCAAGUGGUCGUACUUUCCUUCCAAGACAGCCUUGAAAGAAGCAACAGUGUCCUUCAAUCUGACCAAUCUACCCUCAAUACCAGUGAAAACCUCAGCAACGGCAAAUGGUUGAGACAAGAAUCUCUGGAUCUUUCUAGCUCUCUCAACAGUCAACUUGUCCUGUUCAGACAACUCAUCCAUACCCAAAAUAGCAAUGAUAUCUUGGAGAGACUUGUAAGCCUGCAGGGUCUCCUGGACGUUGGUGGCAACAUCGUAGUGCUCUUGGCCAACAACGGCAACAUCAAGCAAUCUAGAUCUGGAGUCCAAUGGGUCCACAGCUGGGUAGAUACCCAACUCAGAGAUACCUCUGGACAACACAGUGGUAGCGUCCAAGUGGGCGAAGGUAGUAGCUGGAGCAGGAUCAGUCAAAUCAUCGGCUGGCACGUAAACGGCCUGGACGGAGGUAACGGAACCCUUUCUAGUGGUGGUAAUUCUCUCUUGCAACAAACCCAUAUCAGUGGCCAAAGUUGGUUGGUAACCGACGGCAGAAGGAAUACGACCCAACAAAGCAGACACUUCAGAACCAGCUUGAGUGAAUCUGAAAAUGUUGUCAACGAACAACAACACAUCUUGACCUUCUUCAUCUCUGAAGUACUCGGCAAUGGUCAAACCAGUAAGAGCAACUCUGGCUCUAGCUCCAGGUGGCUCGUUCAUUUGACCGAACACCAAGGCGACCUUAGAGUCACCCUCCAAGUUGAUGACACCAGUCUCCUUCAUUUCACGGUACAAGUCGUUACCUUCUCUGGUUCUCUCACCCACACCAGUGAAAACGGAGAAACCACCGUGAGCCUUGGCAAUGUUGUUAAUCAACUCUUGAAUGAAAACGGUCUUACCGACACCGGCACCACCGAACAAUCCAAUCUUACCACCUCUUGCGUAUGGGGCAAGCAAGUCCACAACCUUGAUACCAGUCUCCAAGAUUUCAGCAGCAGUAGACUGCUCAACAAAAGCUGGUGGGUCAGUGUGGAUUGGGUUUCUUUGCUUGCACUCAAUUGGACCUCUCUCGUCAAUAGGCUCACCAACAACGUUGAUGAUUCUACCCAAAGUACCUCUUCCGACAGGGACGGAAAUUGGAGAACCAGUGUCAAGGACGGUUUGACCUCUAACGAGACCCUCAGUACCAUCCAUAGCAAUAGCUCUGACGGCGUUCUCACCCAAGUGUUGGGCGACCUCCAAGACCAACUUUUGGUUGUUACCUUGGUCGAUGGUCAAUGCAUUCAAAAUAGCUGGCAAUUCACCUUGUUCGAACUGGACGUCGACAACGGCACCGAUAACAGCUCUAAUCCAAGGACAUGUAGUGCUGUAAACCAAUUGGGUGCAAUUGUUUCCGAAGGAGACACCGGUAGUGACGACCAAUUGCGAAAUAAACAAUCAACAAGACUGUCACUGCAUCGGCAGACAUUGCCCUGUGUUCCCAGGCUUCAAUUGAUCCAAAGAUAUAAGACUUACCUGAUCUUACCAGAGGCUGGGCCGGCAGUUGCCAAGGAUCUGUGA